GGUGAGCGCAGCUGCCCCCCAGCCUCGGCCCUUCGCCCCCGGCCCGCGCUCCCGCUCCGGUCCCUGGGCUGGACGCUCCCCCGGGCCGCGUACACUCACCUAGGACCCCGGCCGGGAUGCCGAGCUCUGUCGAAGAUGCACUGGACACCGGAACACGCCCAGCCCCUCAACCAGUGGCCAGAGCAGCACCUGGACGUCUCCUCCACCACCCCGUCGCCGGCGCACAAGUUGGAGCUGCCGCCGGGGAGCCGCCAGCGCUGCCACUAUGCCUGGGCCCACGACGACAUCUCCGCCCUCACCGCCUCCAACCUGCUCAAGCGCUACGCCGAGAAAUACUCGGGGGUUCUCGACUCGCCCUACGAGCGCCCGGCCCUGGGCGGCUACGGCGACGCCGCCUUCCUCAACGGCGCCAAGGGGGACCCAGAUCCCUGGCCGGGGCCCGAGCCCCCGUCGCCGUACCCCCUGGCCUCUCUGCACGACGGCCUGCCGGGAACCAAACCGGGCGGCGGUUCCGGGGGCCUCGGGGGCUCCCCGGUUGUAGCCGGGAACCUGCCUGAACCCCUGUACGCCGGCAACGCGUGCGGCGGCCCGUCGGCGACGCCCGAGUACCCGGCGGGCUACGGCGGGGGGUACCUGACGCCCGGCUACUGCGCGCAGACGGGCGCCGCGCUGGCCCCGCCGCCCCCCGCCGCGCUGCUGCAGCCCCCGCCGCCGCCCGGGUACGCGCCGUCGGCGGCGCCGCUCUACAACUACGCGGCGGGCGGCUACGCCACGCAGCCCGGCUACGGAGCCUUGCCGCCGCCCCCGGCCGCGCCCCCGGCCCCCUACCUGCCCUCGGGGCUGGCGGCGCCCACGCCCCUCCCCGCGCCCGCUCCCUACGGCUUCCCGGCGGCGGCCGCUGCGCCCGGCGCCGAGGCCGGCGUGUCGCUGAAGCGCAAGGCGGCCGACGAGGGCGCGGAGAGCCGCUACCGCAAGUACGCGUACGAGCCCGCCAAGGGCCCCGCGGCCGACGGCGCCUCCUACCCGGCCGCGGACAACGGCGAGUGUCGGGGCAACGGGUUCCGGGCCAAGCCGCCCGCAGCCGCGGAGGAGGCGUCGGGCAAGUACGGCGGCGGCGGCGGCGGAGGCGUUCCAGUCAAGGUCUUGGGCUCCCCCGUCUACGGCCCGCAACUGGAACCCUUCGAAAAGUUCUCCACGGACCGGGCCCCCGGGCCCGCCGCCCGCGGGGCCUUCGCGGUGCCGUCGGGGGAGCCUCCCCAGCCUGCGGACCCGGGGGCGCUGGAGCUGGUGACCAGCAAGAUGGUGGACUGCGGGCCCCCGGUGCAGUGGGCGGACGUGGCCGGCCAGGGCGCAGUCAAGGCGGCGCUGGAGGAGGAGCUGGUGUGGCCCCUGCUGAGACCCCCGGCCUACCCCGGCGGCUCGCGCCCGCCGCGGACCGUGCUGCUGUUCGGGCCCCGGGGCGCGGGCAAGACGCUGCUCGGCCGCUGCCUCGCCACGCAGCUGGGGGCCACGCUGCUGCGCCUGCGCGGGACGAGCGUGGCCGCGCCGGGCGCCGCCGAGGGCGCGCGCCUCCUGCAGGCCGCCUUCGCGGCCGCGCGCCGCCGCCCGCCCGCCGUGCUGCUGCUCAGCGAGCUGGAGGCGCUGCUGCCGGCUCGCGACGACGGUGCGGGCGCGUCGCUGCAGGCGCCGCUGCUGGCCUGCCUGGACGGUAGCUGCGGCUCGCGGGCCGACGGCGUGCUCGUGGUGGGCACCACCUCGCGGCCCGCGGCCCUGGACGAGGCGACCCGCCGACGCUUCUUGCUGCGCUUCUACGUGGCGCUGCCCGACGGCCCGGCCCGCGGGCAGAUCCUGCAGAGGGCGCUGGCCCAGCAGGGCUGCGCGCUGAGCGAGCGGGAGCUCGCCGCCCUGGUGCAGGGCACCCAGGGCUUUUCCGGGGGCGAGCUGGGGCAGCUGUGCCAGCAGGCCGCGGCCGGGGCGGGCCUCCCGGGGCUGCAGCGCCCCAUCUCCUACAAAGACUUGGAGGCGGCUCUAGCCAAGGUGGGCCCUCGGGCUUCCCCCAAGGAGCUGGACUCUUUCUUGGAGUGGGACAAGAUGUACGGUUCCGGACACUGAUGGCGCGCCGGGGCGGGGGCCGUGGGGAGGCCUCCCGGCGCGUCGCCCUUCUUCCCGCCUCCGCCUCCGCCUAGGGGGAAAUGUCCUUGGCCAAACGAGUGAUGAAUGUGGGGUGGGGGACGGGAGGGCUCUGCCGGUGUGGUGUUUUUCGUGGGAAGGAAAAUGCUUCUGCCAGGCAGAUCGAUGCCAUAUACGCCGAGUACUCAGGUUUUCCCUAUUUAUUGUGGACGGGAAGCUCGCCAUCUCCGCCGGGCAGACCAGGCGCACCCGACAUGGGCUGGUCCCCGGGCCGAAGGGACUCCGGCUCUCUCGCCGUAACCACUUUUGUCUCCUCGCUCUCCGUGGCACCCUCCUCCCCCACUCCGCCUUCUCUGCAUUCGCUCCGUUUUCUCUCUUGUCGCUUUGUCACCGAUCUUCCCAUGCUGUUUCUGUCCCCUUUUGCCCCUCCCUCCCGUCCCCACCUCCAUCUAUCACCCGGUGUGCUUCUUUUUCUGUCCAGUUCGCUCCCGUGUCCCGGUGCCUUCCAGCCCUGGUGCUUUAGCCCCCUCCCUGCCUGCCUCAUGUCCUGCCUUCACACCGCAGUGUGUUGGCGCAGGAGGCUGGAGAGGGGCGUAGGGAGCCUUUCCACCCACCUUCCCUCCCUUACCAGGCCGAAACCUUGGGUCUUGGGGGGAAGAGGUUAGUAAAAAAAAACACCCAAAGAAGUUUUUUUUUGGUUUAUUUUGAAGGGAAGUCCCAGAAAUGUAGGUUGCUUAAUAUUUUAGACCUCUUAUUUUUGUAAGAUGUGUAGAAUUUGCUGUUUUUAUUUUGACAACUCAGGAAGAAAUUGACCUUAGAAAGAAUGUUAGACUUUGGCUGCUCUCCAUUUGUCCUCUAGCCACACCCAAGGGGAGCAAAUCUUCCCAGAUCACAGAGAAAGAGAGAGAGAGAGAGGGAGAGACACUUGGGGGGAGGGCAAACGCACUCGAGCUUGUUGUUCCUGGGACAGAAGCAGAAUGUAUCGCUAAGGGCUUCCUCCCCAGGUCCCAGCUUGCAGGCAGGGGCUAGGGGAGGAGCGGAACUUGAGAGAGUGGAUCUCGCUCCUUCCCUGCCUUUCUGGCCUGUGAGUCCCAACCCUCACCUUUAGGUUGUCUGGGAAGAGUUACUCCAAGUUGGGUUGCCCUUGCCCAUUUCCUGCCUCGGGUGACCUCAGGUCAUCUCCCUGGACACCUGCUUGGUCAGAGGUGUCCAAUAACCACCGACACUAAGAGGAUUCCCUUGGGCAUGAAGGUGGUCUGGCCCGAUACGAAAUCGACUACUAGGGGCUGAGCCACCUUCUCUGCUGAGAGUGGGGUGGGGGGCGCUCUGAGGAAGGGUGAGCAGGGCGUCCUGUACACUUAGGUGGAGAAGGUUCUGUAGGAAGUGUCUUUGUGUUCCCCUAGAGUGCUAGGUGUACAGCUGCAGGGCCUGGCGCAGGGUGUUUCCCCUGCCAUCGCCUCCACUUCCCGGCAGGCUGGGAGCCCUUCUCUGUGAGAAUCCAUUCCACCCAUUCCCUUCAUAGGGCUUCAGCUGUUUGUCCCCUCAGCCCAUUUCACAACUUGGGUCUUCGAGACCAAAGGAGGGGCCCCCCCUCUUCUCUGUCUCCCCCUAGCCACCCCUGCCUGCCCUACAGCUCCUACUCUGCCCCACUGUCCUGGAGAGGAGGGUGCUGUGAGCCGGGCGGCUGAGGGCAGGUGCUGGCCCAGAAGUGCUAACAGGAAGGCAAGCUGCUCUGUUCCCCUCCCCCUGCUGCGCGACCCUGUCCCUGGAGUGGGCUGACCAAGUGUAGAACUUGGUACCUCAAAGCAGACUGACGCAGGGUGUUGCUGUGAAAGCCCUUGGGAGUGAACAUGGGGUGAGGGGGCU